AUGUCUAAGAACACGGAAAUAAUAAAUUUGUCUUAUUUGUCGGAUCAAGAACGAGAUGCGAUAUUGGCUGUGCUGAAGAAAGAUGAGCGCCUGAAAAAAAUAGAGGACAAAAGAGUGCGGAAAAUGAAAAAUGAACUCCUGGAACUCAAAAAGAAGGGUGUCAAAUUCAGCAGGGUGCGAGAGAACAAUGCCAAAAUUUGUGUGCGCUGUCAGAAGAAGCUGGGGUUCAUCUUUGACCGCGGAGGCUUAUGCGAAACCUGCCAGUUUCGUGUGUGCAAAGCAUGUUGCAUUGAUGUAAAAGAACGGAAGUUAUGGAAGUGUAAAGUGUGUGACAAAUUUGCGCAGAUAAGGAUAGCAACGGGUGACUGGUUUUUUGAAGAACGAUCCAAGCGGUUUCAAAAUUCCACUGUGCUGGGAUGCGAUGUGGUCAGGAAAUCUAUUAUGAGAAAGACACCAGUGCCCCCUAAAAUAGAGGGAGAAUCUGAACAGAUCGGUAAUGGUACAAAAGAAAAUGCUUCAGCGCCUGCAACUUCUGAAACUGGCCAAGCUGCAGAGGGCAAUGCAAAAAGCAUCCCUGAUAAAAAAUCUGGAAAAGGUGAAGAUAUCAAAAGCCUCCGUUUCAGUGAUGACAUCCAAAGCCUCAGAAGUAUCCGAUCAAUGCCUCGUUCUAAUGGUCUUGAUAAAAGACCUGGAAAACAGACAAGAAGUGGAGAGGAUGCAAUAAGCAUUCAUUCAAACCUUGACACCCAGAGCUUAAGAAGCGUCACAUCGAUCCCGCGCUCUGAAAGGAGGUCCAAAAUAGAUAUCCACAGUCUCCCAGAAGCUUCUCAGGCAGAUUACCUUCAAAGUGGGCCGGGACAAUGGUGACGGAAUUAGUCAAGCAAGCUUUAAAAUUGACUCUCGACCUGAAUCCAAGCGUAGUUCACCAGUUUCUGUGAUUGGAAGUGUCCAUUCCUUGGGGGGUGGCAGUAUUAACUCUAAGUCCAGCACAUCUGUGGUCGUGCACGAAAGUUCACCAACACCAAGUAAACAAAGCAUACCUUCAAACUACAGCAAUAGAGGUUCAAUAGCAAGUGGAAUAAAAGCUAGUUCUAGCAUUUCUGAUGACAUGCCGAGGGGGGAUAGAAGACAUAAUUCUGGCACACCUUCUCCAGCUUCGUCUAGGGUGUCUGUAGCAUCUGAUCGCAGUCGGUCAGAACUGGAUCUUAGUGGAUAUUAUGCAGAAGGAAAAGAAGACACGGGAAGCAUCAGAAGUAAAUCUUUAUCAGUCCCCGGGGGUUUGAACACAGAGUUGGAAUAUUUAGAUGAACAUGAAGAUGAUUUUCCUACAACAAAUGCACACAAAACAGAUACUCUUAGUGCAUAUUCAAUGAAUGCUCAAGUAGUCUCUGACAGGAAGUGGACCCACUUGAGUGUCCCUGAUGCUGAUGCAGAUACUACAAGUCUUAAUAGUAUGACAAGUGUCUACAGUGAAGGUUGGGACUAUGAUAAUGCGAACGUCUCUGGAGAACUUGUACUCAAUCUUAGUUACAGCUAUAAAACUGGCGCUUUGAAUGUUCUGGUGAAGAGCUGUAAAAAUCUAGCAACUGCUGAUGAGAAGAAGAACAGGACAGACCCGUAUGUUAAGUCAUAUCUGCUUCCGGACAAAUCACGACAAAGUAAGAGGAAGACAAAAGUUAAAACUAAUACAACUAAUCCAGAGUUCAAUGAAGUUCUAAAGUAUGUAAUCAGUCAUACUCAACUGGAAACCAGAACCCUGCAAUUAUCUGUAUGGCAUAAUGAUCGGUUUGGGCGUAACAGCUUUUUAGGAGAAGUAAAUAUUCCUCUUGACACAUGGAACUUUGAAAAUCAAGAGGAUGAGUCCUUCACAUUGGAAGCCAAAAUGGAUAUGACAUCUGAAGUAACCCUGCAGUAUAAAGGAGAAAUAAUAGUUGGGUUACAGUACAUUCCUCCUGAGAAAAACCUCACUCUUCCAUUGGAACCAGUGACAACAGGAAAGAAAAGUUUUAGAAGGUCAAAGAAAAUACCCAUGCCAACUGGAGGAAUACUAGAGGUACAAAUAAAAGAAGCCAAAAAUCUAACUGCAGUGAAAUCAGGGACUUCAGACACAUUUGUCAAAGGAUACCUAUUACCUGUUAACAGCAAAUCCACAAAACACAAAACUCCCAUCAUUAAAAAGUCAGUGAAUCCCCAAUGGAACCACACUUUCUCCUUCACAAGUCUAGAGCCGAGUGACUUACAGAACGUCUCCCUGGAGCUGACCGUUUGGGAUAAGGAAUCUUUGACAAGCAAUGUGUUUCUGGGUGGAGUCUGCUUGAGUUGUGGCAGUGGUAUAAGUUAUGGGAAUGACGUUGACUGGAUGGACUCCCAAGGUGAAGAACAGUAUCUGUGGCAACGAAUGAUGGACAACCCUGGAACAUCAGUUGAAGGAACCCUAAUGCUAAGGUCCACUAAGGCAAGACACAAGAAGGCAACUCAAAAGUCCUGA